UCGAUUAGGCAUCAAAGCACCCAAAACGAUCGCGCUAAGCAGAACAGCAAACAUUCGUAAAGUUAGCGCCGUGUAAUAAGAUCGAUUCCGCGCACGGUUUCUUCCUGCCGGCGUUAUUCCUUCCGUACCUGCACUUCAUCUGGUCAAUUUGUUAUCAAUUACGCGUACCGGUACGCGUCGCACACGCGGGGCUAGCAGCGUUCAACGCUUCAUCGAAUUCCACUUUACCUUGGCGCGGCAUUUUUUUUUUCGUUCCUGGUGACCGGCGUUGAUGCGGUGUGUACUUUGUUUAUUCGCGCAUCAGCCGCCGCGCGUUCGCUGAUCUUCACAAAUCGAUACAAAUCAUUGCCAAUAAUCCUUCUAGUCAACACCGUGCCAGAGUAGUAACAUCGCGCAAUUGAAUUAAUUGACUGAGCCAAUAAUCACGUUAACCAAAUAGCCACGAAACUGAAUUCGAAAGUACCGGUGAGGAAAUGAGUUCAUUUUUUUGAAUCAGUAAUAUUCGGACCAUCGUGACAACAAGUGCCAAAAAAUCUGGAUUGCGGAAAGCGUGGCCAGGAACACUGCAAGUUGGGCAAAAGUAACGAUAAAGUCUAGAAGCAGCGAAAACGUUAGACAGGAAACGAAAUGGAAGCCUCAUUCCGCCACAACCCGGAACUAAACGAUAAUAUGGGCGUUCGAGUGAAGCCAUCCCAUCACAAGGAACACUUUGACCCGCAUAAUCCUGAGCUUUGGGAUAGCUUCAGUAAUUAUCGUGAGCUGAACAAGGGCGGGAAGAAACGGUAUGAUGCAAGCAAGUAUAACGACAUUCAUGAACUGCCGGCCGACUUUAAGGAACUGAGGGUCAAGGGCAAGAAAAAAGACGAUCCCAAGAUGCGUAAAGGGCGGCGAAAGAAGAAAAAGAAAUCCAAAUUAAAGUUUGAGGGUGAAACUUUCAAGGAUCCUGACCCGUACCAGUUGGCUGUUAGGAAGACCAGGUACGCGAAAGAGAAGGGCAAAUUUGUCUUUGAAGGUGAAACAUUUAAAGAUCCUGAUCCGUUCGAGCUAGCCAUAAAGAAGCAGAGCCCGAGUCGGGUACAAAAUCAUAAGGGGAUUGUGGAGGAAUUUAGGAAACAACUGCAUCACGCACAUCCAGGAAUGGUGCAUAUAAAUUCGGACGGGAGUAGAAACUCGUAUGUAGCAGAACUAGAUGAGGACGAUGACAGUUUUGAAGAUAUCCAGGACAAAUAUUAUAGUCAUUCGGCACUAGCACAAUUCCUAGCCGUUGGUGUUAAAAAUGUUCUACUUCUUGGAUACGGGAUGACAUUAGGAUUCCCGACAAUAGUGAUUCCCGCUAUUCAGGGCGGAGAUGGGCGAGUGCCAAGCUAUGAAAAAGAUUUCACCCUUAAUAGAGAGGAAAUAUCCUGGCUUAGUUCCAUUAAUUUGAUCUGCGUUCCGCUAGGAUGUGUGUUCUCUGGGAUGCUAACCCAACCGAUUGGAAGACGAAAAGCUAUGCAGAUUGUGAAUAUUCCCAUGCUGAUUGCGUGGCUAUUGUUUCACUUUGCUGAGGAUGCCCAUUUUCUGUACUGUGGUCUAGCCCUGGCCGGAUUCAGUGGUGGACUCAGUGAAGCACCAGUCCUAACUUACGUAUCGGAAAUCACUCAACCCCGCUAUAGAGGCAUGCUAGCGGCGACGGGAUCGACAUGCGUUAUCAUCGGAGUUCUCAUCCAGUUUCUAAUGGGCAGCUUCCUUCGAUGGCGCACGGUAGCUCUGUGCAGUGCCUCCGUCCCGAUUAUAUCCUUCCUGCUGCUGUUUUUCGUGCCGGAAAGCCCAGUUUGGCUAACAGGAAAGGGUAAAUAUAAACAAGCUCAACGAUCGCUCGCCUGGCUUCGUGGAUGGACUUCCGUGGAAGAAGUGGAGUUGGAAUUCUACGAAAUUCGAAAACACAUUGAAGGCAGUGUAGAGCGAGACAAGGACUACACAGUGAUUCAAAAAAUCAAAAAAUAUGGAACAAGAUCGUUUCUGCAGCCGUUUGGCAUCAUAAGCUUAUGUUUCUUUAUCGGACACUUCUCCGGUAUGACUACACUGCAAACCUAUGCUGUUCAGAUAUUUCACACCCUAAAAGCACCCAUCGACAAGUACUACGCCACAAUCUUAUUGGGAGUAGCAGAACUACUAGGAACUCUUUUCUGCGUUUUUCUCGUCCAUUUCAGUGGCAAACGACCGCUGGUGUUCAUAUCAACAAUUGGAUGCGGUAUUUGUUUCUUCUCCGUUGCCUGUUACGCUUAUUUCUUAAAUUCGAUACCUGGAUCUUCAGUAGGUAACGUAGUUGCUAACGUAUCAUCCAUCAAAACAGAUUUCCGUGUGAUACCGUUGAAUCAUACCGAUCAUUCAGAGGAUCACUUAGAGAUUAUUAUUCAGAACCUUGCCAAGGCACACAACGAAUCCAUGAACACGCUACGUAAUACCGAAGCAGAAACAAUAUACGACAGUCAAAACUUUACGCCGUACUACUUGAAUGGGUCGUACGAUGAUGCUGUCAACAGCAGUGUUCGUUAUGGGGAGUACACGAAGUCAGCAAUCCCAAGGGAAGUGUUGGUCAAGAUACCCAACGCCAAUGAAAAUAAAUAUCUAUGGUUGCCGUUGACUCUUCUAUUGGGCAGUGCAUUCCUCACGCAUGUGGGGAUUCGCUUAAUACCGUGGAUGUUGAUCGGCGAACUGUUUGCUCCAUCCAUUCGGAGUGGUGCAUCCGGAAUUGCCGGAGGAACCGGUUAUAUUUUUGGUUUUUUAGCCAAUAAACUAUUUCUGAAAAUGUUGGCAGCCCUAACAUUGCCUGGUACAUUUUGGAUGUAUUCUGCAAUCACAUUGAUUGGAGCUAUAGUGCUAUACCGAAUUCUACCAGAAACAGAGGGAAAGACACUUGUUGAGAUUGAAGGUUACUUCGUCUCGAAACGCAAACGAAGCUUUCAUCUCGAUAUUGAAGCAACACCACCAAUGCCCAAGCCACGAGGAAUGGCUACUGCAUUUGCUCCUCCACCACCUUUACCUCCUCGAUCGCAUCCCUUGACGGAUGACAUGGGUCGAAUACGGAAAAUAUCACAGCAAUUUGGAGCACAGUCGCGGAAGAGUUCGGCAAGUACACCUUCUCGCAAAGUCUCAGUCAAUUCUGACAACGAAACGGCAAGAAAAAUAUCCACCGCCUCCUCAAAAAGCGGUCAACAUUCCUAUAAAUUGCCAUCCACUCGACCUAGUCAGACUUCAGUUGAACAUUACCGAAAGAUUUCAGCAAGUAAUUUACCGCCUUCGCUGCCAUCCAUUUCUGCUAGUCCAGAACGCGCCAGAAAGCUAGCUACGUCUCAAUCAAAGUCCGUUGUUAUCACAAAGAAUCUAGAAGAAACCAAUGCACAGCCGUUUCAGCACUACCGGAAAAUUUCCGACGCUCAUUACGCAUCUGUCAACUCGAAUGUCCCGAUACUCGUGGUGUCCCCACAACCUGUACCUGCGAAUAAACCUAAAUCUAAAAUAGCAACUAGUAAUCCGAAACCAUCUACCAUGAGCAACUUCGACGUUAAAAACUGGGAGAGUAACAAAAAGUUCGAGGAACUACUUCGGCGCAGAAAGCGAAACGUGUCGCGUGAAGACGAUGGCGAUUCACUACAACAUACGUCCAGUCAGCAUGACUUGGAGCGGUUUGAAGAAAUGGAGAAGCAACGGGAUGUCCAGCUUCUGUCCGUAGGAAUGCGAAGACACAGACAGAACUCUGGCAGUUUGAAUGCACUUACGGACAUUCCUAGUCAAGACAACGAAGUCAACAGUCGAACGGAAACAAAUGAAACCAGAAUGUAGAUA